AAACACGGAGGUGGGCGCGGCCAUUGUUUCAUACGGGUUUUCCCGCUUGACGCGUCUGUGGUCGACUUGGGUGAUGGCUUUCAGCUCGCGAUGAGACCUUACAUCAUCUCUCGAAGGCUCUGACCAACGGGGAGUCGGACAGUUCGGAAAACGUUCAGAUGGCAGCUAUGGUGAGGCACAACACAAUGACGGAGUUUCAAGUCUUUCAACACUCGCUCCAGGGUAACUCCCUGGCCCUGGGCCAAGUAGGGCAGUAUUAUGGGGAACAUCAUCAGCAGAAGCAGCCGAAUGGGAUCGUUUCAGAUGACAGGCAGCACACGGCUCAAGUCCCGGCAGAAGCUGAGAAAAGCCAUCCUUUGAACAUCCCAGACGCAGUCAAACGAAAGAAGAAGAAAAGGUCAAGGGCGACUAACAGCUCCACUGGAACCUUUGAUGACCUCUACAAGCUGACAGAUGAGGUGCUUGGCCAAGGGGCCUUUGCCAAAGUCCAAGGAUGCAUCAGUCUGCAGAAUGGGCAAGAGUAUGCAGUAAAGAUCAUCGAAAAGAGCGCGGGUCACAGCCGCAGCCGAGUCUUCCGGGAAGUGGAGACGCUUUACCAGUGUCAAGGAAACAAGAACAUUUUGGAACUGAUCGAGUUCUUUGAAGACAACGCCUGCUUUUAUUUGGUGUUUGAAAAGUUGCGAGGAGGCUCCAUUCUUACGCACAUCCAGAACCGGAAGCACUUUGAUGAGCUGGAGGCCAGCAAGGUGGUCCGCGACAUCGCUCAUGCACUUGACUUCCUUCACAUCAAGGGUAUCGCUCACAGAGACCUCAAACUGGAAAACGUCCUUUGUGAAUGCAUCGAUCAAGUGUCACCGGUUAAGAUCUGUGACUUUGACCUGGGAAGCGGCGUGCAGCUCAGCAGCGCCUGCACACCCAUUACCACUCCAGAACUCACCACGCCCUGUGGCUCGGCAGAAUACAUGGCUCCAGAAGUGGUGGAGGUGUUCACCGACGAGGCGUCCUUCUAUGACAAACGUUGCGACCUGUGGAGCCUAGGGGUCAUUCUCUACAUCCUGUUAAGUGGCAGCCCCCCCUUCACGGGCCACUGUGGCAGCGACUGUGGGUGGGACCGUGGGGAAACGUGCCGCACGUGCCAGAGUCACCUGUUUGAAAGCAUCCAGCAGGGCAAAUACGAGUUUCCCGAUAAGGACUGGGCUCACAUCACCGACUCCGCCAAAGAUCUUAUCAGCAAGCUGCUAGUACGAGACGCCAUGCUGCGCCUCAGCGCUGCGCAGGUCCUCAAACAUCCGUGGGUGCAGGGGAAUGCACCAGAAAGAGGUCUUCCAACCCCUCACGCCCUACAGAGGAACAGCAGCACCAAAGACCUGAGCCAGUUUGCGGCCGAAGCCAUCGCCUUCAACCGGCAGCUGUCGCAGCACGACGAGCAGCAGCAUCAGGGGGAGGAGGAGGGCGAAGAGGAAGAGGUGUGCCCCGUGUUUUGCUCCAUGAGGCUCUCUCCGCCAUCCAACUCCAGACUGGCUCGCAGGAGGGCGCAGUCCAACGCCAUGCGCGGCCAAGACGGCACGGCUGAGCUCACCGCCUGAAUCUGCCCUCUUACUUUUUAUGUGUAUAUGUGUGUGUGCAAUGGGUCAACCUAUCAUUUUAAACAUUUUUUUUUUAAACAAGAUUUCAGUAGGUCAUUAUUUUUGUAUUUCUUGCAGUAAAAAAAUCAAACAUAUAUUUUUAUAUGGUAUCUUUUUGCUUUAAUGAAACCUGUCAGUGUUUGUGAACAAGAAUGUCUGGAUGUGGACUAAAUACUAAUGAUAUGCAUUACAGUUCUUUUAAGUGAACUGUAUCUUUAGAAUCAGUUCACUCAAAAGAAUCGUUCAACGAAUCGUCACAACUUCUUUCUUCACAGUCUGAAGAGUUAAAAAACAAACAAAAAGAACAGCCUACAUGCAUUUAGUAGUUGGCUCGUGAGUGAACGAUUCGUUCGAAACAACGACUCUAUUCAGUGAACGAGAGUGAACGAAUCACUUCCUGAAGUGAGUCAUUCUUUUUUCAGUUUAUAUGACUUCAACCAGUAGGUGUCGUUAAUGCGCAUUGAAGCUUUUGCCACCUCGCCGUAAAACAACGAAGAAGAAAAUGACUUGUCUGGUGUUUUGUUCCUUGUUUUUAUUUUUUUCGGCAUGAAAACAAAAAUCUCACAUUUGGUUAACUGCUUAAUAUGACAAUAUGUGUGUGUUUUACGUUCUGUAAUGUGUUGGUGUCCCCCAAAAUAAAGAGCAAGUAGUCAAAUACA